AUGAGCGGCGUGGAAGAGCAGGACCUCUACGAGGUCCUCAAUAUCUCGCGCGGCGCGACCAAGGCUGAAGUGAAGAAGGCAUAUCACAAGGCCGCCCUCACCUCACACCCCGACAAAGUCCCCGAAGACGAGCGCGAAGAGGCCGACGUCAAAUUCAAACUCGUCUCGCAAGCCUACGAAAUCCUCAUCGACGACGACAAGCGAUCCCUCUACGACCAACAUGGCAUGGCGGCCUUCGAAAAGGGCGGCGCGAAUGGCUUCUCCGGCGCCGGGCCCGAUCUUGACGACAUCCUCGCGCAAAUGUUCGGCGGCGGUAUGGGCGGAAUGGGAGGAGAUCCGUUCGGCAUGGGCGGCGGGAUGCCGGGAGGAGGACAGCGGAGAAGAGCGAAGGGCAGGAAUGAGAUGCAGGAAUAUCAAGUGACGCUGGAAGAGCUGUACAAGGGCAAGACAACGAAGUUCGCAAGCACCAAGAAUGUGAUUUGCACGAAUUGCAAUGGCUCGGGCGGUAAGAACGAGAAGGUCAAGGCCAAGACUUGCGAUACGUGUAAGGGACGGGGCGUCCAGACGAAGCUGCAGCCUGUGGGGCCGGGCAUGGUCACGCAGGCGACGGUGCCGUGCAGUACGUGCGAGGGACGCGGGAACUUCUAUGCGGAGAAAGAUAAGUGCAAGAAGUGCAAGGGUCAGCGGACGAUCAAGCAGAAGAAGAUCUUGGAGCUGUAUGUUCCACGGGGAUCGCGGGAAGGUGAACACAUCGUGCUAGCUGGCGAGGCGGAUCAGAAUCCGGACGAUGCAGAGCCGGGAGAUAUCAUUUUCGAGUUGGAGGAGAUACCGCACGAUACCUUCAACCGCGCUGGAGCAGAUCUGCAUGCUGAGCUCGAGAUCAGCUUGGUGGAGGCUUUGACUGGCUUCAACCGGGUGGUAUUGAUACAUCUCGACGGACGAGGCAUCCAGCUCAACGUCCAGCAACCAGAAGGCAAGGUUAUUCGUCCAGACGAUGUCCUCAAGAUCGAGGGCGAGGGCAUGCCACACAAGCGAUCCGACGCCAAGGGUGAUCUCUAUCUGACAGUCAAGGUCAACUUCCCGGAGGAUGGCUGGCUGCAAACCCAGAAGCAAGUCGAUGCCGUCAAGGCCGUACUUCCACCUGCGCCAGAGAUCAAAUACAAGCCCGGCGAGACUCCCGAGACUGUCGACGAGGUGGAGUUCGAGGUCGUGGAGAGCUUGGAAGGCUUCGGCGCCGGAUCUGAUGACCCCCGAGCUGCUGGUGCCGAAUGGGAGGACGAGGAAGAAGGACCUGGUGGAGCGCAGUGUGCGCAGCAGUAG